AGAAGACCCAGCUUGGUGAUGAAUGGAUGUGGGAAAUUUGGAAAAAUAUGAUGACCACGUUUCUGGCAUGGGUACCUUGAUGGAAGGUGGUGCCUUCACUGGAUGGAGAGCUCCAGAAGAGGGAAAGGUUUUCAAGAGAAAAUGAUGAAUUCAGUUUUUGACCCAUUGAGUUGGAGGCGCCUAAGAAAGAGUCAAGUGGAAAUGCCUUAGGCUGGGGGAGCAUUUCCUCUCCCAGGAGCCCCUUGAGGACACACUACAGAUGCAGGAAGACGCUGGACAAGGACGGGCAGCUGAAAGGAGGCAUCCAGGAGAGACCAUGGCUGUAGCCCUGGAAGCCCGGGCCCAGGCCUCCCCGCUCCCAGAGCCUGAAGAACUCUUGAUUGUCAAGCUGGAGGAGGACUCGUGGAGACCAGACUCCCAACCCCGGGAGAAGGACCAUGACCCUGUCCCUGGCCCCGAGGCCUCCCGCCAGCGCUUCAGGCAGUUCCGGUACAGGGAUGCGGCGGGACCCCAUGAGGCCUUCAGCCAGCUCUGGGCACUCUGCUGUCACUGGCUGAGGCCGGAGAUCCGCCUCAAAGAGCAGAUACUGGAGUUGCUGGUGCUGGAGCAGUUCCUGACUAUCUUACCCAGGGAGGUCCAGGCCUGGGUACAGGCACGCCACCCUGAGAGCGGCGAGGAGGCGGUGGCCCUGGUGGAGGAUUGGCACCGAGAGGCGCGGGCCGCGGGACAGCGGGAACUGGAACUGUGUGCAGAAGAGACCAGGUCCUUAAAGACAGUGAAGGAAUCUCAGAGCUUCCAGCUGUGGACAGCAGAUCACUGGCCCGAGGGACAGUCCCAGAAACAGUGGGUGAAGAAUCCAUGUCCUGACCUUCCCAAGCAUCUAGACACCAAGAUGGCACCACAGCCCUUGAAAGAGAGUGGUGUCCUCACUCCCCGAGUCCCUACUCUACCAAAGAUGGGAAGCGUUGGAGAUUGGGAGGUGACAGUGGAGUCUCAGGAAGCUCUGGGUCCCGGCAGACACGCUGAGAAGGAGUUCUGCAAGGACCCUCCAGGAGACAGCUGUGGGAACGGCCUGCCCCUGGGAGUUCCAGUUUUAAAACCAACCGUCAUCUCCCAGCAAGAGCAAGGACCAGAAUUUUGGGGUCCAAGAUUUGUAAAGUCUGGACAAAAGAACCCUGAAGAUUACAGCUGGGAUACUGAGCAAACAAAACCAGCUCAGGCAUUGGCCUGGAGGGAUUCCAAGGCCUGGGAAGAACGAUAUCAGUGGGACGUGGAGGAUGUGAAAGUAUCAGGUGUGCACUGGAGCUAUGAGGAGACUAAGACUUUCCUGGCAAUUUUGAGUGAGUCUCCUUUUUCUGAAAAACUCCGGACUUGUCACCAGAACCGCCAGGUGUACCGGGCCAUUGCAGAGCGGCUGAGGGCACAGGGCUUCCUGCGGACCCUGGAGCAGUGUCGCUACAGAGUCAAAAAUCUCCUACGGAAUUACCGGAAAGCCAAGAGCAGCCACCCGCCGGGGACCUGCCCCUUCUAUGAGGAGCUGGAGGCCCUGGUGAGGGCUCGGACGGCCAUCAGAGCCUCAGAUGGCCCAGGAGAGGCUGUGGCUCUCCCCAGGCUGGGGGACAGUGACAUGGAGGUGGAUGAGCAGGAGGAAGGGGGCUGGGAGCCUGAGGAAACAACGGACGACUGUAAUGGUGAUGACAGUCACCUGGCCACUGAAGAGUUCGUCCACAGACCCAGGAUUCCAGGGGGCCCAGCUCUGCUCCAGAGUCGUAUUGCAGGUGUGCACUGGGGCUACGAGGAGACCAAGGCCUUCCUGACCAUUCUCAGUGAGUCCCCAUUCUCUGAGAAGCUUCGCACUUGUCACCAGAACAGCCAGGUGUACCGGGCCAUUGCAGAGCGGCUGUGUGCACAGGGCUUCCUGCGGACCCUGGAGCAGUGUCGCUACAGAUUCAAAAACCUCCUUCGAAGCUACCGAAAAGCCAAGAGCAGCCACCCACCUGGGACCUGCCCCUUCUAUGAGGAGCUGGACUCGCUGAUGAGGGCUCGGACUGCGGUUAGAGACAUGGGGACCAGCAAGGAGGCAGUGGGUCUUCCUACUUCUGGGGAGAGUGGUACCCAGGUUGUCAACCAGGAGGCCUGGGAUGAAAUGGCAGGUGAAGAUGCCAUCAGAUCUCCAACCCCAGGUCCUAAAACCCCAGACACUGGUUUUGAGAUGCGGCAUGAGGAUGAAGACCAGAUUUCAGAGCAAGACAUUUUUGAAGAUUUGCCUGGAGCCUUAUCAAAGUGUACUGCAGAGGAUUGCUACCCUCAUGAUUGGGGGGAAGACAGUGAAAAUGAAAACGAAGGUAAAGGGCAGUGGGGAAAUCCAUCCCAGGAUCAGUGGGAAGAAUGUUCUUCUGAAGAGGACCUAGAGAAACUCAUCGAUCAUCAAGGCCUGUACCUUGCAGAGAAACCCUUCAAGUGUGACACGUGUGUGAAAAGGUUCAGCCGGAAUUCACAGUUAAUCGCCCACCAGCGGAUACACACAGGUGAGAGGCCCUACAAAUGCCCUGAAUGUGGGAAAAGCUUUAGUGACCGCUCCAACUUCAAUACCCAUCAGAGAAUCCACACUGGAGAGAAGCCCUACAAAUGCCUUGAAUGUGGGAAAAGCUUUAGUGACCACUCCAAUCUCAUCACCCACCAGAGAACGCACACGAGGGUGAAACCCUAUAAAUGUGGGGAAUGUUGGGAAGGCUUCACCCAGAGCUCAAACCUUCUGAAACAUCAGAGAAUCCACUUGGGAGGAAAUCCUGAUCACUGUGGUGAGCCUGGGAAAAACUCUGGCCAGAGCCCAUCCUUUAGUGCUCACUGGAGGAACUCAGCAGAGGAGACAUCUCUGGAACAAACUCAGAGUGCCAGUAAGAACUUGAAUUCUCCUGGAGUGCAAAGCACCAACUCAGGGGAUAAACUUUAUCAGUGUUCCGAAUGUGGAAGAAGCUUCUCCAAGAGUUCUGCCCUCAUCAGUCACCAAAGAAUCCACACGGGAGAGAAACCAUAUGGAUGUGCCGAAUGUGGGAAAAGCUUCAGUAAGAGCUCCACUCUGGCCAACCACCAGCGAACCCACACUGGGGAGAAGCCGUAUGAGUGUGUGGACUGUGGGAAAUGCUUCGGGGAGCGUUCCAAGCUCAUCACACACCAGAGGGUGCACACAGGAGAGAAGCCCUACAGAUGCCUCGAGUGUGGGAAGUUCUUCCGUGACCGUUCCAACCUCAUUACCCACCAGAGAAUCCACACAGGAGAGAAACCUUAUAAGUGCAGAGAGUGUGGGAAAUGCUUUAACCAGAGCUCCAGUCUUAUUAUUCACCAGAGAAUCCACACCGGGGAGAAACCCUACAAGUGUAUGGAGUGUGGCAAAGAUUUCAACAACAGCUCCCACUUCAGUGCCCACAGGAGAACCCAUGCAGGAGGGAAGGCGUCAUAGGAGACAAAAGAGAAAAACGUAUAUUUAAAUCUCCCAAGAUCCUAAGACGUAUGCUAGAAAGAAACUGUCCCAAUUUUUAAGAUUAGCGUGUACCUGGGGAACUUACCUUGGUACAGUCCAGGUAAUUCGGAAGUGAAUUACAAAUGCUAACGAUCCAGAUUUGAAGGCACUUUUCUUAAGUGUAGUGUGUUUUUUCUCCUGCAAAAAAACCCACACAAUCCUCAGGCUGCCCUUAUAUUUACUGUUGUGUAAGAGCUUUAUCAGUGUUUGAGCCAGACUGGUAACUGAGGGGAUUAGAGGUAAAUCAGUGAUCCUGAGCAGUGAUUCUAGACCUUUCUGUGCCUUUACACCGUCCACAUGUACACACGCCCCAUCAGUGUACGUUGGCAAAUUCUCAUACGUGGCCAUUUUCCGUUGGGGCAUAACCUCCCGGGAGAACUUUGAGACUCUCCGGUGAUGGGGGCAUAAUUGAGAAUCAGUGGCCUAGAGCAGCCACCAUGAGCUUAUCAAAGGGUAGAAACAACAGUGACAUCAUUACUAGAUCAUUAUUAAUAAUAGCAAAAGUAGCCAGCAUCUAUCGAGCUCUUCGGCAGGCUCUGUGCUAAGCACUUUGUAUACAUCAUCUCAUUUACCCCUCACAGCAGCCCCAGGAGGUACUAAUAUUUUCCCCAUUUCUCAGAAGAGAGAAGUGACUUGCUUGGGUCACACAUCUGAAAAUGGCAGAGGCAGGAUUCAACCAGCUCUGUCUCUAGGGCCUGAGGUGCUUUCACUGCUUCACUGAAUCCCCUUUCACAUUGGGGCAGGUAACUCAGGUGCCAAAGCACUUUGUAGACCACAUUUUCUGUUAAAAUUCCCUAUGAGUUCUGUUUUUAACAAAUAUGGACAUUGAGAAUCCCAGAAGAUUGAAGGACUGGGGAUGUUCACAGUUGGUAAUGUGCUUUGAGCAAGGCUGAACUCAUCAAAGCACUUGAUGUGAAUUUCCAUCUUCACAAUAAUAUGGGUGAGAGACAGAGGUGAGUUGAGAUUGGGAACAAUAAUGUAGCCAAAGUGAUGUUUCUUCCAAUGAGAUACAGUUUUGGCUAAGGAAAUGGGGUUUUUAAGAAUUUCCCUUAUUCUCAGGGGGUCAGCCCUGCUUCCUGUUAGACUUGGCUGGAUCAUAGGUUGAACCUUAAGAAACCUGGGCUUGCUGGCCAGUGCUCACUCACCCUGAUGUGUUGGCCCCCUGGCCCUUUCCCUCCAGGCACAGCAGAAGCUUUGCGCCAAGGCUGAGGCAGAAGUGGGGUGGAAGGAGUGGUGUGUGUGGAGUGCCGCGGAGGGGGCUUUGAAGGCUAUUGCUUAAUCCAGGUUCAUGGUGCACUCUUACUCUGAGCCAUCUUGGCCCAGACCUACCCAGUGCUGUCUAAAUGUUGGCUGUAAAGACCUGCCUCCAGCUCCAACAGGCUCAAUCAGAAAGGUUCACACAGGAUGGUUUCCUAGUUCGCAGCGCUUUGGCCUCCAGGAUUUCUCCUCAGGAGGGUUAAACAAUGUUGGCCAAGGACUAUGGUUUCCAAAGGAUUUUAAAGGAGCAUCCCUCUCCUGACAUCUGCCUAUGAUACUGGGAAUGCCGUUCAUACCCUGGCUCGUUCAUCAACUUGGGAAGUACUAUUAGAUAGUAGAUGUGAGGGAACCUUGAAGAGUGGAACUCUGCAUGUGAAGCAGUCAGUGGGGAGAUUGGCGCUCCCACUGACGCUUAUCACUCCUUAGUCCCUUCCUUGGCUUCCCAAGAACCUGCUUACCUCGGAUCACUGCCUAUCACCCCCUUCCCGGUUUACCUCUUCUGGCUCACCUUACCUCUGAGGAGCAGGGCCUGUGAGUGAGCCCUGGCUUUGAACCACCAGGUGUCAGUAACUGCAACAGUAGGAUGGUGGGUAGGAAACCACCUGAGCCAAGAGGAAGGAUCCUGGAGGAAGGGAAGGGAGGUCCAGGGAAAGACCAAGUGGUGUGAAAUAGCAUGGCUUCAGGGUGGGGCUGGGACCAUAACUUCUUAGCUCUAUUGGGGUUUGUAAAUGGGAGAUGAGGAGUGUUAGCUCAGAUUAGAAGGGUGCGGGGGUGGGUCAUGGAGGACCUGUGGCUGCUGAGGGGGACAUGGUCAGAUGCGCGGUGUUGAAACCUAAUAGCUGAACAGAACCUGGCUACGCUGCAGUUAGGACAGCCUGUUGGGACACUGUUGCAAUAUUCCAGGUAAACGUGAGGGUCCGAACUAGAGCAGGAGUAACGUUGAAGAGGAGGGGAUGAUUCGAGAGGUUGCACAGGUAGAAUUGAGGACAGCAGAGGAGAGCCAGGCUGCCUGGGUGGCUGGUGGAGCCUGCUGUCAUUCAGAACUGGGAUCACAGGAGGAGGUGGAGAUAGGGCAGGAGGGCAGAAGAUCAGAAGUUUAAUUUGGGCCAUUUUGGUUAGGGACAUCCAAGAGACGAUACACUACGAAGCAGGCAUUUGGAUAUCUGGGCCGGAAGCUGGGGGGAGGUUAGGACUAGACAGUUAUCUGUAUGCUUGGGAGUUACCUUCAUGUUCAAGUCACAGAAAGGCUGGGCCCGGGACAGAACUGGAGAAGCACCACGUGUAGAGGAAGAUGCCCCUCAGAGGAGAUCUAGACUACCCCCCAGUCCCACCACCUCCUGUGCACUCCAGCCAACUUUCGGACACUGCCUCAAUCGCUGCUGACACCGGAAUUGUCAAUGUAGUUCUGAAUUUCCUGGAACCUUCCCUGUAGAAGCCAAGCCGAGCUCUGUGUAGAAGUGAGAUAAUGGUCCUCUCCCCUCCCACGCGUCAGCCGUUCCCCUGCUCUUGGAAGUGUGCUGGUGUCUCAUGUUCUCAAGUGAACAGUUUUGAUGUUUAUUACCUAUUGGUCCUUUCUCGUAACUCAGGUUCAGCCAUGAAAUCGAGGGCAUUGUGGGCCAGGAGAGAAAGUGGCCCAGGAGGACCUUCUCUCCUUGUGUACCUGACUCUUCCUUUGGAAGAAGUUCCCUUUCAGGUGGCUUCCAUGUUUGGGGCCCGACCCAUCACUCUGCCAGGGCACCCAGACAUCCUCCAACAGGUCUUUGCUGCUCAAAUAAACCGACAUCUGGUUUGACACA